ACAUGAUUGACAAAUCUGGAAGAUGUUUCCCCAUCAGAUAAUAAUAACAAGUUCAAGUAUAUCAUUUACUCUUCAACUUGCCCUUUUUAAACAGGAGCAGGUACCCAGAAUUAAUCACGUCAUGAUUGAACGCUUUCUGACCUACUAUUGUGUGUUUAAGCAGCAUUACAGCAAUGUUUUAUGGGAUUUCUAGCCCUUAGAUCUGAAUAUAGAAAGAUGAAGAAUGAGUCCAAGGAAAAUAAGGGUAGCAAUGACCUCAUUCUGUGGAGACACCAUGUCUUGGUCAACUUCAGAAAGCUGUGAAGAAUUUUUCUCUGUGCAGUUAUUUUUCCACUAUCAAUGAAAAGAAAAGAUCUCAGAAUCUGUUGCAAAAUAAAGAGAAGUGACUUCAGGUUUCUAGAAUGUAAAGAUACACUGUUGGCUGCCUUCAUAUGCAGAAGACAUCAUUUAUAAUUGGCAUAAUGUAAAUAUAAUAUGCCUUGGUUCAGUUCAUUUAGAGUAAGUGAUCAAUAAGCACUGUUCUGUCACCAUACUGUCCCACACUAAUUGUUGAUGAGGAAAACUGAUGUCAUGUCUCAGCAGUGAAUAUUCCUGACGUCACUGAGUUUGAGGACUUGCAGCUUCUAAGCCAGUUUCUGUCUUGUGCUGUAACACAUCAGCAGAGACACCACGUAGAGAAAUAAACCUACGUGGUUGAUUUGAUCUUUGGGUUCACAACAAAAAGUUACUUGCUGUGCAUAACGUGAGGCGACGUGUUCCAGACAAGCAGAAUCAUGGAAAUGCCACUAGCAGCCAGAAAUGACGUCCACCCGUCGUCCAGCAUCAGAGAAUAAGAACUUCAGAGGAAGGAAUGCAACUUCAUAAAUAGGAAACCACAGAUACUAAUGGGGAGCAGAGGCAAACCUGCAGGUUAAAAAGUAGUUGCAAGAGAAGCCCAUACAUCCACACUGCGUGGAGAUUCAAAGAUGACUUCAGCUCUAGCCUUUGUUUUUCUCCUCUGCCUCUCUUGUCCUUUUUCAUCAUGUCAGCAGAGAAGAGCAGGAAUUGAAGUUGGGCCUGAAAUGCUGGAAGAGAUGAGAGAAACUAACCGUGUUUUAAUGGAAGUUCGAGACUUGUUGAAACAGCAGAUUAAGGAGAUAACAUUCCUGAAGAACACAGUCAUGGAGUGUGAUGCCUGUGGCAUACACACUGAAGCGACAGGCCCUGUCAUCACUGUGACACAGUUUAACAGAUGUGUCCCAAACCCCUGCUUCCCUGGAGUGGCCUGCACUGAGACCAGCACUGGCUUCCGCUGCGGUCCCUGCCCCCCAGGCUAUUCAGGGAAUGGGUCCCAGUGCACAGAUAUCAAUGAGUGCAGUGCAAACCCCUGCUUCCCAAAGGUCCAGUGCAUUAACACUGCUCCUGGCUUCCGUUGUGAUCCUUGCCCUCCCGGCUUCACUGGGCAAACGGUCGAAGGAGUUGGACUAGCUUAUGCCAGGGCCAACAAGCAGGUUUGCACUGACAUCAAUGAAUGUGAGACAGGUGCUGCCAGAAAUUGUGUCCCAAAUUCUAUCUGUAUCAAUACACGGGGAUCCUACAAGUGUGGAGCUUGUAAACCUGGCUUUGUCGGGGAUCAAAUCACUGGCUGCAAGAGCCAGACAGGGAGACUCUGCCCUAACGGUGAAGCCAGCCCAUGCCACGAGAAAGCACAGUGCAUCGUGGAGCGGGAUGGGUCCAUCUCCUGUGCGUGCCUUGUGGGGUGGGCAGGGAAUGGCUACAUCUGUGGGAAGGAUACAGACAUUGAUGGAGUCCCUGAUGAAAAGCUGCGCUGCUCUGACAAGAAGUGCCGCAAGGAUAACUGCAUGACUGUCCCCAACUCUGGCCAGGAGGACGCAGACAGGGAUGGAAUUGGAGAUGCCUGUGAUGAUGAUGCUGAUGGAGAUGGGAUAUUAAAUGCUGAGGACAACUGUGUGUACACACGCAAUGCAGACCAGCGCAAUGCAGACAAGGAUAGCUUUGGUGAUGCCUGUGACAACUGUCGUCAAGUGAAGAACGAUGACCAACGGGACAUUGAUGGUGAUGGGAAAGGAGAUGAGUGUGACGAUGACAUAGAUGGAGAUGGGAUCAAAAAUCCAACAGACAACUGUAGAAGAGUUCCUAACCCUGAUCAAAAAGAUAGUGAUGGUGAUGGAGUAGGAGAUAUAUGCGACAGCUGCCCAACAGUCAGUAACCCAGACCAGAAAGAUACUGAUCAUGAUCUCGUGGGAGAUGUCUGUGACACCAACCAGGACAGUGACGGCGAUGGCCACCAAGAUACAAGAGAUAACUGCCCAUCAGUGCCUAACAGCUCCCAGGUGGACACAGACAAUGAUGGACUAGGAGAUGAAUGUGAUGAUGAUGAUGACAAUGAUGGGAUUCCAGAUGAGAAACCUCCAGGCCCUGACAACUGUCGGCUUGUCCCUAACCCUGGCCAAGAAGAUUCGGAUGGUGAUGGUGUAGGAAAUCUUUGUGAAGAUGACUUUGACAGAGACAUGGUGAUUGACAGAAUUGAUGUGUGCCCAGAGAACGCAGAAGUGACACUAACAGACUUCAGGGCUUUCCAGACAGUUGUGUUGGACCCUGAGGGUGAUGCACAGAUUGACCCCAACUGGAUUGUCCUUAACCAGGGCAUGGAAAUUGUCCAAACCAUGAACAGUGAUCCUGGCUUGGCUGUAGGUUACACAGCAUUCAAUGGAGUGGACUUUGAGGGCACAUUCCACGUCAACACUGCCACAGAUGAUGAUUAUGCUGGCUUCAUAUUUGGCUACCAGGACAGUUCCAGCUUUUAUGUGGUCAUGUGGAAGCAGAUGGAACAGACAUACUGGCAGGCAAACCCGUUCCGAGCAGUCGCAGAACCUGGUAUUCAACUGAAGGCAGUGAAGUCCAAAACAGGCCCAGGUGAGUAUCUGCGCAAUUCUCUGUGGCACACUGGGGACACCACAGACCAAGUCAAACUGCUGUGGAAGGACCCCCGCAACUCUGGCUGGAAGGACAAGACAUCGUACCGCUGGUUCCUGCAGCAUCGGCCUCAAGUUGGAUACAUCAGAGCUCGCUUCUAUGAAGGCCCCGAGGUUGUAGCAGACACUGGAGUUGUCCUUGACACAACUAUGCGAGGAGGGCGCCUGGGAGUCUUCUGCUUCUCCCAAGAGAACAUUAUUUGGUCAAACCUGCGUUAUCGCUGCAAUGAUACUAUUCCAGAAGACUAUGAAACAUUUAAAGUUCAGCAAGACUAACCUGACUUUUAAAUGUCCAACAAAAUUUGCUUAUAAAAAAGUGCUCAGCUGCCCCACUGUUGCCUCUGGUAUACUGUAUAAAGAACUGUAAGUAAUAUACCACUGCACUCUGCACAGCACCAAGUGUCACUGCACUAUCUGGCAUGUUUUCUACAACAGCAACUUCUUCUGUAAAUGCUACAAAAUCCUCUUGGAACAGCAGAAGCACAGACGUCAAGUGUGCCUAGAAGCCUGUGCUGCUGUUCUCUACACUACAUGGAGAAAGAUGUGCUGAGAAGCUACUGCAGUAGCUGAAUUGUUUGACUAAGAAUUAGCGUGGAUGAUUCCCUGGACUUUUUUCCCUACUCAAAGGCUCUCAAAUGUAAAUGUUAUCUUUUUCAAGACCUACUAAAGCAAACCCAGCACAAGUCUGAAAGGGUCACAGAAAGCAGCCUAUGUCCAAGUUGCUCACAAAGUAUUAAAAAAAAAAAGCACUUUAGGGAGAGUAUCUUUGUUCUGGAAUGUUGGAUAAUAAAUACUCUAAUAGACUUCUCCUUGGUCACGUGCAUGUUGCUUUUUUCCUCUUCUAAAACUCUUCCAAUACUGAUAUAAAAGAAAGAAACCCUCAAAAGCUGAAUGCAAGAGGAUGGCUGGAGAGCCUCAGCUGAAUUAAUAAUUCUGUUAGCAGUAUGAAUACACAGGGAGAGUUUUUUCCGUCAAGAAGCUUCCUCUAGCUACACCAUCCUACCUCAUUCUUGCAGAUUUCAGAAUGAUAAGCAAAGGCCUUACACUUGGUUUGUGUUAUGACACCGUGCCAGAACUCCAAGAAGCAGCUGAGGAUGAGGGAAAUCUGAAGCCAUUUCUAUUAUUUCUAUUAAGAGGUGCUCAUUUGGGCUGGGUACAGCAGACGCUCACAAAGGGCUUCUGUAGUUGGUAAGCUGGAAAGUCUUAAGUCCUGCAGUUCUGAGAUCCUCACUCUCUUCCAGCUAAACAGUUACCAAGCAGCAUUCCAGUCUGUCUAAAAAAAUAAAAGCCCAGUUUUGCUAGCUGUUUCAUGCAAGCAGCUCACACCAAUUAUACUGAAACUUGCUCAUAGUUUCAUCAGAAAGGCAGCUCCUGAACACUUCACUGCAGUUUUGCAAGCUGGAAUGAGACUGUAUGGUAAACACCUCCUGGAUGCGCUGCUACUGUUAAAUGUUACCGAACAAGCAAGGUGUGAACAAAACUUUCCUCCUGGAAAACUUAUGGCUAAAACCACAUCUUAUCAAGCACAGGUCUCCACAACGAGUUGAAUUUCACACUCAGGAGGCAACAGCAUAAGCAGAGAUGUGCAGAAAGAAGCCCUUUUGCUAAGUGGCUCAGUUAGACUGUUUGCUGAUCACAGCACUUUGAGAACAUCUCCAUCCACCAUUCCGAGAUUGUCAUGAAGACAGACACUGAGUUUUCCUUCUUCAAUAGGAAGCAAUGCAAAUGAGCCAGCCCAAAUUACAAACCUCUUAUACAAAAUAGCUCUAAGUACUCAAGGAAUGCCCUGUAGCUUCUAAAAAGCCAAUUGCAAUGUGGCAUGGCCAGAGAUGUGCAUGGAGUUCAUUCUCCAUAGCUGUAAGAAGCCAACUAACCAAAAUAUUUCCAUUUUGCUGUUUGUUUAUCAACACCAAUAGACCAACAGUGGGAACCUUCAGUCCAAAAGCAAACAAACAAGGAACACAACCAAGGAAGAAAAAGCUAAGCAGCCAGAGACAAAAACAUUUGAACUUUUAUUACAUUUCAUUUACAAAUAAUGCAAAGAUACAAAGACAAAAGCCUUCACACAAAAAAGAAAAGGUUGAAAAGAAUGUACAUUUAGUUGAGCUGCUUUUUCACAUCAUUUCUCAGAUUGCAAACACUUAAAGCCAACUUCAGUUUUCCACUUUACCUAUAGAAAAAACACAAUAAAUAAAACUUUUAUGUCGCAGGGACAAUUUUUUCCAGCGUUCCUGUGCCACCAACACUGUAGCUGAAUAUAGGAUUGCAUAUAUCAGUGAAAUAAUCCACAAAUUAUUUUAAUAGAAAAAGUUAACUUGUAAAGAACAGUAUAUUAUACUGUCUCUGAAAAUGCAUAAAUCUGACAUUUUUUUCCCAAGCUCAACGAACUACAUAAAGUUGUUUUUAGCUGCCAGUCUGUGAGAGAAGCUGCCAAAAGCAGCUGUAUUUAAUUUUAUUAAAAUCAAACCUCCCCUCCAUAAGCACUAAUACGUUUAACUUCCACUUCUUCUACGAGGAAUCCCUCCACAGAUGGGGGCUCUGUUAAGGUAACAAGAAAAAGUAGCUAAAAGUCCUAAUUCCUCCCGAAAGAAAACCUCAGUAUCUACUGCCUUAUUAGCUAAUAGCUGGCUGGAAUACAAUAUUUUAAUUGCUACGCUGUAUAAUGCUGAGCAGAGACCAGGGGAUGUGCAGUACGGUAUAUUUAGGUCGUCUGAAGGAGCUCAUGCCAAGGGCAUUCAGGAUCCAGUGAGUGAAGGAAGUUUUGUUUAAGCAAACCCGGUCCCCCAGCCUUCAGCUCCGUAAAUAUAAUCGUGUAACUCCCAUGGCAUCACCUCCUCAGCAAAAAGAGAAGUUCUCCCUGCUCAUCUUCCCUGUGUUUAAUGUCUGAUGGAUCCCCGAGCCACGUUAACCCUUUCCUGUCAGACAGAGCCUUGAAACAUCGCACAUAAGCAAAGGUAUUUGGUAACUGCUGCUUUUCUUACGUGACAAAGAGCCAGAGCAGAUGGUGCUGCCUUCAACACCUGCCCUCUGCGUGCCAGAACUCAGCUCCGUUUCUGUAAGGAAGGAAACACUGACUCUCCCCUGCUACGGCUGCAGAACACAGUUCUCAGAUUGGAUUUACAAACUGGGACCUUCUGCCCCUUUUUUUUCCUAAACCACGGUAUAAAGAAUGUGGACUGACUGACCUGCAGGGCGUGCAAAGGAACGUGUGGCCAUAUGGACACAGCAGCUCAGAAGGCAGAACGAGAUCAGCACUGUGAGCAGAGCCCAGCGAGAGCCAGCAGCUCAUCAGCUUUGUGCUGAACCACAAAUGGGCCGAAUGCACACCCAGAACCUGCCCCACUUCCAAAGGUUUGGGCAGUGCUAUUACAAAUACAAACCCCUGAGCACGAGCUGAAGCCUCAUCCCAGACUUCCCCUCACCAAGUGUCAGUGAUGACAAUUCAAGCUUCUACUGCACGUUUAGUGCAAUAGGAUGGACCAAUCUGCACAGGUCUCAGAUGGAGCAGGGGGAGAUCAGUGCCCGCCCUGCAGCCCUCAGUUCCCACACAGAGCUGUCCUGCCGCGUCCGCUCUGUCCGUCCGCGUUUGUUUACUGAAGGAUAUUCUAAAGUGGCCAAGAGAUGAAAUCUGGAUAAUAUUUGUUUAACUGUGUCCCCCCACAGAGCCUCCUGGGGUUAUGUAAACAUGGAGUAGAAGAGCACAAUGCCACAGCUCAGCCCUGUGCUCUGCCAGCACACCAACACCCGCUGGUCCCUGUUGCUGCGAGGCCCACCUCACUCUCAUUUGCCACAACCAAACUAAGAAAUACACCACAAAACACGAUCCAACGUGUGUUAACAACCCAAUGACUUUAACAGCAAAAAAAGCCACGCCGACAUGAAGGUGUCUGCUAAGCCACAGCUGGGGGAGGGCCGGGUGCAUCCGCUUAUUUUAGAUUUGCUCAUUGCAGCUGGGUGGGUGGCACGGACAGACAGACACAGCGUUCUUCCAAACAGCAUCCGGACGAGCUUAAAAACACAACAAAGCAGCAAAACGCAGCACAGCUCCGGUGCUACGGCUGUGAGCUGACCUGCCUGGCUGCCGCUCCUCAGCAGCUCAGCCCCAACCAUGGGCUCAAAGCAAAGGAAAAACCAUCACAACCAACACAGCACACACAGAACCCGGCGCCCGCCCCGACCCUGGCAGGCAGCAGCAGAACCUCUUCAAAGCAGCAAACAAUUGGUGACAACUGAGAUAUCAACACGUCCACGCUCUGAGACAAACCCUACAACUUGUUUGCCCUGCUUCAGCGACGGAGCGCGGGAAGCGAAAGCGAUGGCAGAACAAAAGCGAUGUGUGCCAGCACAGUGCCACAGCAUCAGAUCAACACCCAUCAAACCCAUCGCCUUUGUUUGAACACAGCAGCAGCCACGAAGGGGAAACAGCAUCUAUCUGCACAGUUACGUUGUAAGAAAAAAAAAAGAGCAAGUUAGAGAUUUGUAUAGGCUGAAGGCAGUAAAUUAAGGAGUAAAACAGUCAAACCUAUCAUCUCCCUGCCAUCCUAUCAGCUGCUGUAAGAACCGACUGAGGUGCUGUCACUGCUCGGUGUCUCACAUGUGUGACAGCGACGGCAGAAAUGCCAUCAGAAGAAAAGCAGUGAGGAAAAAAAUCACAUCAGAUCCCUCAGAGAUCCGUCCCUGCAGCCGCUGCUGGCCCAGCACUGAGCGCUCCUUGCUCCCUGCGGACAGGGGGACGUUUGGCAGCAGAACAGAGCUCUGCUCACACCUGUCGGACCUUUCCUCCAACACAGAGGCAGAAUAUUAGAACUAAACGUUGCUCAAUAAACCACAUGGUGCUUUUUGCCAAAUCGCUCCACCUCCUAAGCUGGCACCAGGCUCCUUCCCAGCAGUGUCACUGCUGUGCUCCCACUGCAGCACGGCACUGCAGACACAGGCACUGCUCCAGAGCGCUUUGCUACGGCUGAACCCGGGAUGCGGUGACCAGGAAGGCUGAAAUUCAGAGAGAAGUUCAGAGCUGCCCAACAAAUCACCCAGGAAAUGGCAGAGGAGCAACAACCCGACACAAAACACAACGUGUUGGGCCAAGGAGCGGCGCUGCACCUGAAACCCGAGGAUGGAAGGACGCAAAGCCACCGUCCACAAGCAGCUGCAGGGGGAAAGCAGACGGCUGCUCCACUCCUCCUGACUUCUGGUCUCAUUGCCUUCACCUGCAGAAACCCGCAGUGCUCACAAAGACUCUUCCCAUCCCCAAAGCAAAAAACCUGCAACAAGGAAAGAGUGAAGCGAGGAGAGGAGAGGAGAGGAGAGGAGAGGAGAGGAGAGGAGAGGAGAGGAGAGGAGAGGAGAGGAGAAGCUGCUCCCAGGAGAACGUGGGUAAGAGCUCAGCCCAGGCUCCCUGCAGUCACAUCCCACACUUCCCCUUCUACAGAUUCCCCACGCCAUGCACUGCUCUCUGCUACACGCUGACCCUGCAGUGCCCCUCUGACAGCCACAGCUCCACCUCCCAAAGAAACCAGGCAGUGUAUUUACCCCUUCAGGCCUUUAUUUUGAUAAAAUUGGUCAAGCCCACAUAAGGCAAUAUACACCACAGUUCAAACCACCCCCCUCCCCCCGGCGAAAAAAUAAAAUAAAUAACACAAAUGAAUAGAGUACGUAAUGUAGUGUUUCGUUUUGCAGUAUAGAAAUUCCACACAAUGAUUCUGUUUAAAAAGGUAAAAAUGAUUUAUAGUACACAGUUAUCAUGUCAUCGUGGUGCCCGCAUAGAAAACCGACAUGCAAUCCAUGCCUACACUGCGCAGUAUAAAUAAGAUGCAACUAGAAAUACAAAGAACAGGAACACUACAAAUCAGCAUUAGGUUUUUUUCCCCAUUUUUGGGUUGGUUUUUUUUUUCUUGUUUUGUUGUGUUUUUUUUAAAAAGAACACAGACGGAACAGACGCUACCUGCGCUCUCACACUGCCAUCACAGUGAGGGGGUUCUGCUUUCAGAGGAAUGCAUGCUGUGCUCCUGGCCGGGCUCUGCUCUCCCUGCCCGGGGGGGUUUCAGCCCUGCAGCCCCUUUGUGAGGGCACACAGCUGAGCGGAGCAGAACUCAGAGGGCGGCUCCUGCCUCGCUUGGUCCGCAAACACUUUUUGCUGAGUGGUUCUCAGGAACGCUUCCUUAGAAACCCUUUUGUUUGUUUUGUAAAGGUAAGAAAAUACACGAAUGGUUAAUAACCUCCUUCAGUGAACUGACGGCCUCUUUCUGGAAACCUUUCUCCCCCCCCUUCCUCUUUAAAAGAAGAAAAACGGGACCCGAAGGGGUUUUCUGUACAGAAGGGUUUGCGGCUGAGCGCGGGCGAAGUGCUGCUGCCAUGCAAAGCUGGAGGGACGGGGCUGCGCUGCAGCCACGCAGCACAGGGGAGCAGAGCUCAGCCCGAGGAUCCGCCGCAGCGACAACACGGCCUCAGUGCACAGCGAGGGCCCCCGCCUGCACUGCAGGAAGCAGCACAAACCUGGAUUUCUUUUGAAAAUCACAGUAUUCUAUAAACCCAAAGUUCAUUCCUAUGGAUUCCCCAUUGCACUGGCAAAUGCAACAGCCCAGCUUGGGAGCUCUCUCUGUAUUUGUAUGAAAGCACGCUGCGGGGAGGGGCCAGGUUCAUUCAGCAGGAACGUUCAGAUGGGAACUCCGACCCCACGCAGCUUCGUGAUUAUUUAACUGAAGAAGGUAGAAAUGAUAGCAGCAGCUUUUUGCUGCGCGACUUUUCCUCCCGCUCUGACAUCUGAGGGCAGCAGCUCCCAACACACCCACAUCUAAGGUGAGAACAGAACUCACAGCUCAUCGACCGCAACGACCAACCAACCACCGCAGCUCCCCUCCACGUUUCCAUCUGACAAUUCCACGGGCUGUUCCCAUGCACACGCAGUGGAAAUGCAGAUGAGCAGAAGGGCAGAGGGGCGGGCAGUCCCUCCCCAGCACAGCGCGGCUCAGUGCUGCGACCUCCUCCUCCUCCCACGAGGAAGGAACAAAUCCUGCACCUCUCAGCCACGUGGUCCCGAAUUUGGACAGUUGCAUCCAGACGUGAUUUUUUGUUGUUGUUGUUUUGUUUUUUUUUGUUUUAAGUUAAGGCCAUUUUAAAUGUCUACUUACAAGUCUAAUAAACAAGAUCUCUUAUAUACACGCGUAGUUUAAAAAAAAAACUUAGAAGGUAGCAUUUAGCAACAGCUCCCUGUGAAAGUCUCCAGUUAAGAAUCUCAUCUCCGACGCGGACGCUUCAUUCUGAAGUGACUGGUUUUAAAAAAAAUAGAUCACAAACGAGAACUGACAUGCAAAUGUCUAAGAGUCAUUCGAACAAGAGAGCGAUACAGACAGAAAUCCCACUGAGGAAGGACAGAACUGCAAAGAACACGCGGACGGCGAGAAGCAUUCCCACCCACACCGUACCUCUGUGGCUGCCUCAAAGCAAAGGGCUCCACAUCACCGAUUUCAUGGGACUCCUCCCAGUCGGGGCUGCCUUUUGGUUUUCUCAAAUUGAAAAAGCAUCAGCGACCCGAAAGGCGGCCGCUGGGAGCUGCGGUGCACAGCUGGGUGUGCAUCCCAACAAAUGCUGCUGACAGAGGCACCCUGCUGCACGGGGAGGGAUCUUCCAGUUGCAGAGACGGACACGGGGAAGCGAAAGAAAAACAUUUUUAGUGCAAAUGGUCCAAACUAAUGGCACAAACGUGAGCAAACACACCCCGACACACAGAUCCCAACAGCGGUUCCGCGCAGCAGCGUUUGCACAAAUCUCAGGACGGCGUCCCGCUGAUUUCUGGAAGCACACAGAAAUGUGUAUAACUCAUUAGGAACUCAUUAGGAACUCAUUAGGAGCAGGGCAGCCCCACCAGCAGCUCCAAACCCCAACAGGAGUGGGGAGAAGCACUGCAGGGCUCUGCUUAAAGCCGGCAGCAGCUGGCAACGAACGGACAUCGUGAGAUAAAAUGCAAAAAGCCCGGUGACUCCGAGUGCACAGAGAGCAGGUCUGGGCUGAGCAGUGCCAGAGGGACACGAAGCACAGCUCGUCUGGAAAUGGGAACUAAAAGGGCUCUUUAAUUGAGGUGCAUUUAACGUGGUGUUCCGCCCCUCCUGCAUGGAGCUGCCCCUCACUGCCUCAUUAACGCACCACGUAAUUGGUUGCUUUGUUAAUGAAACCCAAAUAAUGCCAGCUCUUAACCUUGCUGAGGAGGGACAGCACUGAGAGCCCAGCAUGGUGCCUCCUUCGGUGUCACACCGACAGUGCUGUAACAGUGCAGCAGCGAUGCUCCCAAAGAACCUUUAAACACAUCUUUCCAACCAGACGCAGCCCUGGGAGUGCAGACAGAAGCACUGCAGCUCACCAGCUGCACAGCAGCACGGCCAGCAAAGGACGCUGUAACGCACCGCUCAGCCGCACCGCAGCAAUGAGGGCCAACAAAGCAUCUGCUACCAGGAGCCCAAUGUGCUGCUGGGCGCUGUGCUGCCCGGCCGUGGGGUGGCUGAGCAGAUUCACCCCAUGCUGAAAGGAGUCCCUGCACCCUGACCACACUGCUCCACCACGGCAGAGGGAACCCUCACCCUCAGCUUCCUGCUGCUCAACAUCUGCUUAGAAUUCCAGUUAGUUAAAAAUACCUAUAUAUAUAUAUAAUAUAUAUAAUAUAUUUCUGGAAUAAAAACACAAGAAGAUGUACAAGUAUUACAUAGAGUGCUUCAGUAGGCGGUAUGUAGUUCAGCUACGUCGCUAAUAUCCAAAUACUUAAAUUAAAAAAAAAAACAAACAAACAUAAAUAACGGUAACAGAAUAAGUAAUGAAUAAAAA